GCGUGAUGACGUCACAAUACCAACGCGCCGCCGUGUUGUUUUUGUGUUCUCAGCUCUCGGGAAAAGCCACCGGGAAUUCUUUACCUGGCAAUCCCCUAUCUGUAGACUAGGGCACCCGAGAUCCCUUCUGAAAGCUCUAGCAGACUGCAUUGAAUACGGGAGCUGCCAUUUCUGAAGGGAUUCCGAUCCAUCGUGAAAUUUAGCGGAGGGAAGCAAGACGGGAGAGACGCAAUCAUCAGCGAGGGAGGCAGGCCCCGUCCGGGGAUCUUAGAAACCCUGCGGUUCAUCAUGAAGUUCCAGUAUAAGGAGGACCAUCCCUUUGAGUAUCGGAAAAAGGAAGGAGAAAAGAUCCGGAAGAAAUAUCCAGACAGAGUCCCUGCUGCUCAGCCGUAUUGAAAGGCAGAAGACUUAAGUGUGGUAGAAGGAGCAACAACCCUUGGAUUUUGGAGAUGGAGGAGCAGAGAUUUUAAUGUUGUGCUCUUGAUCUUCAGGCAGGGUCAUUAAGAUGAAUGUUACAUAUAAUUUACAGGUGAUCGUGGAGAAGGCUCCUAAGGCCAGGGUGCCUGAUCUGGACAAGAGGAAGUACCUAGUGCCCUCUGACCUCACUGCUGUAGAUGACACUAUUGGGCUCUGUUCAGAUGUUGGCCAGUUCUACUUCUUAAUCCGGAAGAGGAUCCACCUGAGACCUGAGGACGCCUUAUUCUUCUUUGUCAACAACACUAUCCCUCCCACUAGCGCUACCAUGGGCCAGCUGUAUGAGGACAACCACGAGGAAGACUAUUUUCUGUACGUGGCCUACAGCGAUGAGAGUGUCUAUGGGAAGUGAGUGGUAGAAGCCAGCAGAUGGGAGCACCUGGACUCGGGGGUAGGGGGAGGGGUGUGUGUGGGACUUGGGGAAGGGGGGGCUCCCACCAUGGAGGAGACAGAAGGUGAAGACAUCUGGAAACACUAUACUGCACACACCGUCAUCAUAAUUUCACCUGCUCAAUUGAUAUUUUUUGCUGCUUCCUCGGCCCAGGGAGAACAUGUGUCUGGACAGAUCUGUUGGAUCAGCUUUGCUAGAGGAAUGGAGAUGAUGUAAAUUCACAGCAUUGCUGUGAAUUAAUUUUUGUGAGGUUUUUCUUAGAAGAGUCAGGAGAUGGGCAAGUUGGGGCCAGAUUGUGGACCAGCAUCAACUUCCUGCUCUCCCUUCUCUUUGGGCAGAGAU